AGGCACCGCGUUAGAAGGGUUGAAAGGUUGCUGUGCCUCUCAAUCAAAUGGUGGAAAGAGAAUAAAAUGGACUAGAAUUUUGCUUCAACCUCUUUCUAUUCAUCACCUGCCUAAUUAAGACGCACGCAAAAGAACCGAGUGAUUCACUCUGUAUGGAUGAACCGAACGCAAUUGCUCAGCAUCAGCAGCCCCCGCCGCCGUCAAAUGAGGCGCCGCCGCCUCCGACUCCGUCGGAAUUCAACGGGACCCAAGAUGGCACCUGGUUACACACGAUACUCGCGAUGGCGCUGUGGCUCGGGACAAUCCACCUGAACUUCUUCAUCGUAUUAGCUUCCUUCAUCUUCCUCUCAUCCUCCAAAGCCAUGGCUGUGUUGGGAUUGUUGCUGAUCUUUGCGGUGAUCCCUAUUGAUGAGAAAAAUAAAUACGGCCGGAGAUUAGCGAGGUUCAUAUGCAAGCAUGCUUCUGGCUACUUUCCAGUGCAUCUGUAUGUUGAAGACAUUAAAGCAUUUGAUCCUAAUCAGGCAUAUAUUUUUGGCUAUGAACCGCAUUCAGUUUUGCCAAUUGGAGUUGUUUCGCUUGCCGACCUUACAGGUUUCAUGCCUCUACCAAAAGUCAAAGUCCUCGCUAGUACUGCUGUAUUUAUUACACCAUUUUUGAGGCAAGUAUGGACUUGGUUGGGAAUAUCACCUGCAACCAGGGAUAAUUUCAAGUCCCUUCUGACAUCAGGCUAUAGCUGCAUCAUAGUGCCUGGUGGAGUUCGAGAAGCAUUUUAUAUGGACAAUGGUUCUGAGAUUGCUUUCCUUAAAUCAAGAAAAGGAUUCGUAAGGAUUGCUAUAGAGACAGGCAAGCCUUUGGUUCCUGUAUUUUGCUUUGGCCAGUCCAAGGUAUACAAGUGGUGGAAACCCAGCGGCAAAAUGUAUUUGGAGUUUUCUAGAGCUAUAAAGUUCACGCCACUUAUUUUUUGGGGAGUCCUCGGAUCCCCUAUACCAUUUAGAGAACCCUUGCAUGUUGUGGUUGGCAGACCUAUUGAAUUCAAGAGCAAUCCUCUACCUUCAACUGAAGAGGUUGAGGAAGUACACAAUCGUUUCGUGGUAGCGCUGCAAGAUCUCUUUGAAAAUCACAAAAAGAAGGUUGGCCAUGGGGAUAGCAUGCUCAGAAUUCUUUAGUGUAUUAAGCUGCACUUCGUUUGUAACAUCUACACAUCAAUAAUAAAAGGAAAUGAGCCCAAGCUCCGUUUGAUACACGGAAUUCAAGCAAUGAAAUUUGAGAGUUCAA